AUGGCAACAAUACGAAGCCUUGAAAGAUCACAAUCCGGUAUGGAUCCACAGAAUGCAGAUCUCGAGGAUGAUGAAACAGGAUUAUUCACAAAUAGAUCCACUGUGAUGGCAAAUUUUGAAGAAUGGAUCAAGAUGGCUACAGAUAAUAAGAUUAAUUCUAGAAAUAGUUGGAAUUUCGCUUUGAUUGAUUAUUUUUAUGAUUUGAAUGUCCUUAGAGAUGCUGAAAAUAAUAUCAAUUUCCAAAAGGCUUCAGCUACUUUAGAUGGGUGUGUUAAGAUUUAUUCAUCGAGAGUGGAUUCUGUCACAAGUGAGACGGGGAAGUUGUUAAGUGGUCUGGCACAGAAGAAGGCAAAUAAUAAAGAUAGGAAUAAGAAUGCUGGAAAUAAUUCUGAUCCCAAUGGAAAUACGAAUAACAGUAGUGGCAGUAAUGACAAUAGUAACCAAGCUGAUGAUGAUGCCAGUAAUAGCGAUAAUGAUAGUAUUCAAAUCGACCCUUUGACAGGGUUACCUAUUGGGAGGGAUGAUAAUUUAGAUGAAAAUGGCCAUAAUACCCGCCGAAGAGUUUAUAAUAGAGUACUCGAGACAACAUUAGUGGAUUUUGAUAGUUUAAAAAUGAAAGAAUUAGAUCAAGAAUUAAAUAUCGAUCCUUUAUUCAAGAAAGCUUUAGUUGAUUUCGAUGAAGGUGGGGCCAAGAGUCUAUUAUUGAAUACCUUAAACAUUGAUAAUUCAAUUCGAGUCAUAUUUGAUGCUUCCAUGAAAGAUAUUAAUAAUGCUGAUAAUGAGGUAGAUGGCGAAAGCGCAGAUAGAGAAGAAGCAGAAGAAGAAUUAAAGGAUAUGGAAAAUAUCGAAGAAGAUAACAUCAGUGAAAAUAAUAAUAGCGCUUAUUCCGCGAACAAUACUAGUAUACACUCCGGGUUUGCACCAAUUGAAGACGAAAUUUUGUCAUUAGGGAUGGAUUUUAUUAAUUUUAAACAAUUAUCAGUAUGUGAAAUAUCAUCGUCUAUCCAUCAAUUACGAAAUGUGGUCCAAGAUAUUAAUAAAGCCAAAACGUUCAUUGAUAGUGUUAAUAGUAACAAGUUUGAUAACUUUUUGACAGAGGAAGAACUCCAAGAAACUAUACCAGAUAAUGUAACGAAUAAUGAUGAUAAUAAUGAUUUCGAUACAGGUAUAGAAAAAGAAUUGGAAUAUUCCAUUCAAAAAGAGGAAGAGAAUAGAGACGAAGCAGUUGGUCCUGUAGCACUUGAUUUAGGAGCAGAUGAUAAUGAAGAUGAUAUAGUUGGAGGAGGACAACCACAUAGUAGGAUAAACGAUGGGAGGCAAACAAUCUACGAUGAUAAUGGCGAUGGCGAUGGCGAUGAAGGUAAUGAUUCUAAUAUUAUGAUGAGUAGUAUAUUUGAACAAGAUUUAAUGUCAUACUUUGAUGAAAAUUUGAAGAAAAAUUGGAGAGGUAGAGAACAUUGGAAAGUUCGUAAUUUCAAGAAGAAUAAUAAACUACCGAAAUUACUUGGAUCCAUCGAAGAGGAAAGAGAAGGGGGGACCCCUCAAUUAGGUGAAGAUGGUAAUCCCAUCGAGCCUUCUAAAUCAUCUUCUUUAAAUACUUCUUCAACAUCAACUAAGAAUCUUCAGCAAUCGGCACAACAACAACAUUUUGAGAUUGAUUUUUUCGCACAAGAUGAUACCUUAGAGGAGAAAGUUUUCGAUAAUGCCAAGGGGAACGGUAAAAAUAAGAGGAAAGUGAAUAUUGAUAUGCCAAUUAAGAAUCGUAUUAAUGAUGCACAUUUUUUAUUACCUGAUGAUUAUCAUUUUUCAACUGAUAAGAUAACGAGAUUAUUUAUUAAACCUACUGAACGAAUGUGUUUAUCUAAUCUUCGCAAGAGGAAAAGUAAACAUACUGCUAAUGGAAAUUUUACAACCAGAUCACAUACGGAAUUGAGGACAAAUAAUAAUGAUGGCAACAACGUUGCAAUUAAUAUUGAAAACCAUGGUCCUGAGAUUGCCAAUGAAGAAUUUUGGGCAGAAAAUUAUAAAAGGAAAGAAGCUGAAGCGAAUCAGGGAAUAGAUGAUGAUGCUGAUGAUGCUGAUGGGGAAGAAGGUGUUGUUGAUGUUGUCGGUGCUUCUAUGGAUAAUCCGUUUAAUAAUUUCGGAAAUGGUGAUGGUGAUGGUGAUGACGAUAUGGGUAAUGGUAUUGAUUUUAACCAAGCAUUUGAUGAUGAUGACGAUAUGGAUAAAAGAAGUCAUGAUUCCGAAUUAUCAACUCGUGAUAAAGAAAGAAAUGCUCAUUUUAAGGAUGAAGAUAUGAAGGAGGAUUAUUUGUCGAAGAAUAAUAAGAUAAAUUUUUCAAGAGUUGCUAAACGGGUUGAUGUUAGAAGAUUGAAGAAGAAUAUCUGGAGCUCAAUAUUAGUAAAAAUAGAUGAGCAGAAACAGGCAAAAAAAGAAGAUUCGUCUCAGGACGCGGCGAUCGAAUCUUACAUGUUUAAGUUUAGUGAUAUCAUUGAAAGGGUAAGAAUCAAAUACUCCAAGGAAGUGCUGAAGGAUAUUUCCACAAGUUUCUGUUUCAUUUGUUUACUUCAUUUGGCGAAUGAACAUGGAUUAGAUAUUGAGGACUAUGAAAAUCUUGAAGAUUUGACUGUGACAUUUACUCCCGCGGUUAUAUCAUCAUCAUCCUCAUUAUAA